CUAUAUUGACAAUUUCACAGUCCGCUUUUGCACGUAAAAGGACAUUUAGAGAUAUCAUGUGGAAGAUGGCUAAAAUCACGGUAUUUUGCAUACUUGGGUGGAUGUUGAAGAUACAGGACAGUGUUCACGGCAAUGGGUGCCCCAAGCAAUGGGAGCCGAAUGGUGUGCACUGCUACAGAAUAUUCCAGGGAGUCAAAACCUUUACAAAUGCAGAGAACUUCUGCCAGACCACUGUUAGCGGAGGAACGCUGGCUGAAUUAGACGAUUCACAGAAAAACAUGUUCAUUGGAUCAAUGGCAUCUGGGUAUGGCACAGCCAACUUCUGGAUUGGACUCAAACGACAAAGUGGCACCUGGACGUGGGUCAGAGGGUCAGCAGCGACUUUUACCUUCUGGAACGCAUGGCACAACAAGCCGGACGCCAAUGGUGAUUGUACCAAACUGGUCACAGGAGGAUUCUGGGAAAAUACAGGUUGCAGUAAUAUGCUGCCUUUUAUAUGCCAAGUCGGGGCUAGUUGCCCACCGUUGCCAAAUAACCAGCACUCCACAUUUGACGUUAACGCCACCAGCGUCGGUGCGGUAGUUACGUGUACGUGCAAUCAGGCCGGAUAUUUCUAUCUCAACUCAACUGAUACUGCCCGCACUUAUCUUUGUGAUAAUUCUGGCGAGUGGAAUGACACUUUCAUAGACUGCGCUACCUGUGCUCCACUCGACACCGUGGAGCAGUCAACAUCCAGAAACCUCAACCCUACAACGGUCGAAUAUACCUGCAACUCCGGCUACAUGUUCUCUGAUGCUGCCGAAAUCAAAGUUGUCGAAUGUCAAACAGAUGGACAAUGGAACGAUACACUAGGCAACUGUACAGAAAAACCUUGUCCUGCUGUACCGCCGGUGACGAACGCAUUCACAGAUACUAAUACGACAACCCAAGGGACUGUGGUGACACUGACGUGCCAGCCUGGGUUCUUGUAUCCUGAUGGCACUAGUAGUAAAACAGUCACCUGUCAAAGUGACUCUACCUGGACCGCCAUGCCUGCAUCGUGUGCAGCCCUGUCCUGUCCGAACACACUCCCAAGCAUCCAGUUAGGCCGUACAUUGGACAACGAUCUUACUGUAUACAGCACUGUCACCUACUACUGUUAUUUUGGCUACGAAUUUCCUGACGGCAGUACCACGAAACAAAUGACCUGUCAGUCAGACAUGUCAUGGAGCAAUGCCAUCACAGAUAACUGUCAAAAAAAGACCUGCCCCAACACUCCCCCUAUCAACAACACCAUUAUUGUUGCCAAUGACACCGGGUAUGGUGGCGAAGUAGAGUACCAGUGUGUGGGAAAUAUGCGUUUCCCUGACGACCAAACAACACACAAACUGACAUCGUGUACAUAUGGCAAGACUUGGUCACCAGAUCCUAGCGGGUUCCCGCCUUGUGAAGUGAUCACAGGACCGUGCAGUGGCCUGCCUGUACUUCCAGAUCGGGCAUUUUUAGACACAAACAGCACGGCCUCGGGGACAAUAGCCACCGUGUCCACAGAAGCUGGCUUCAAGUUCCAAGACGGUACAUUCUUCAAGACCAUUAUAUGUAAAGACGGGGGAUGGAAUUUUACAAUGAUUCGUACAACCGUGGUAGAUUGCACUCAAGAGCCAUCGGUGAAAAACGCCACGAGAUUUGGAAGCGGCAUCCUUUAUGGAACACAACUAACCUAUUUCUGUGACAACGGGACGGUCUUUGUAGAUGGUAGCACUGAGAGAAUCACAUACUGCAAUCGAUAUGGAAUAUGGGCGCCGCAAAUUACUGACUGUGAAGGUAGUGCAAUCACAGUACAAAAGAAAAUUCCGAAACCCGUACCUGUAGAAGCUAAAACAGAGGUGGUGGUAGCGGUGACAACGCCCCCUUUCGUUAUCUGUGGCGUUCUUAUUGGUGGAGUAAUUUUGCUAGACCUCGCCACUAUUGGAAGACACCUAGCAAAGAUGGCAGAAAAUCUGAAACAUUUCACCAAUCGACUGAGAGGCCUUCCUCCCCCGAAAAAACCGAAAAAGAAAAGGGACGGCCCGCCCCCUACUUGCGAUAAUUGUGGCGAUUCUCAUGAAACGGAGAAAUGUCCCAGAUGCAAAUACUGUAUGGAAGAGACUCAUAAAUCGGAAAAAUGUCCCCUAGCUAAAACUUAUUGUAAAAAGUGCACUUAUUAUGGUCAUAUCGUAACCGAAUGUCGAGAGGUUCACAAACUUUUGGCUAAAUUGUCCAAAGAAAUGCACGACGAGCUUGUUGGAUAGAUUAAUUUUUUCCCAUUUUAUUACUUAAAACAUACGCUACGAUAUGAACUUAUUGUAUCUGUGAUCUGUGAUAUUUUAGCACUUGUAUAUAUUUUCUUUCUUUUUUUUGAACAAAAUGAAAAUUAAAGGACUCAAGAUUUCAAAGGGAACUCCCCACUUGUACUUCAGCACUUGGCUUCUUGGAAUUCUAAGAACACAUUUUAUUCUCUACCCAUAAUAAGGCAGUGUUUAUAUCUAAAAGCUACUAACAAAUUCGUGAUUCAUGGUUUACAUAUAUAUGACCGUCAAAGUCUGUGACAUAAAAAAUCGAAAAUUUGAAGAUAAAGGGGCAUUUUGGGGCAAAAUACUGCACGUAGGGGAUCAUAAUUGCACUUUCAAUA